UGAACAACCAACUGGUCAUGGCUGACUGGGUAAGAAAAUAAAAACAAUUUGAAUAAUGAGUGCACGGUUUGUCGUCUCAAAGACAGACGGUGGGAUUCCUGAAACAAUUCAAGAAAACGCAGAGGACACAGAAAAUGUGGAAAUUAUUGUUGAGGACAACAAAGAAUUAGGUAUGAACGUACGCUACCCCGCGGCAAAGGGGAAAUUUGAUCGCUUCAUUUUGAAAUCAUGUAUAAUAUAUAGGCCAUGUUUACAAAUUCACGACGGGGGAAUUCAAAGAUCAAAACCCACUUAGUUUUACUUAGCUUAAGUACAUUGUUUAAGGUUUUUAAUAGCGUAUUUUUUAUUAAAUAAAUAAAAAAUGAUUAACGUUUAUAUAAACCCGAGCUUGACAAAAUUAUCUAUAUAUAAAUAUUAGUGUUCAAUAUUUAAAACGGGCAUUAUUAAUUUUUAUUUGAAAUCGUCCACAAAUGAUUUCAAUUUAAUACGGUGAUAUUAUUACUCGUAAAUAAUACAGUGACAAUUAAUAACAAAACAAAUUUUAAAAGUUGAAAAAUUGGUGUAAUAUAAUUAAUCUAAUAUCAAUCUUCAGUUAUCUAGUAUAAAUUGUCAUGGGGGCAUAAUUUUGUUGAAUGCAAAAAAAAAUGAAAAUUGAACCCCCCCCCCUUGUCAGUGGUGUAGCCAGCCCGAAGAUUUGUUCCCGCUAUGCAAAUUUCAACUCAUCAUUAUUCUAUUCUUUAGAAAUUGAUUGUGUUGAUAGAUUAUAAACAUGGCAAUAUUUGCAUAGCGGGAUGACAUCGCCACUGCCACAUACACAAAAAACAACUGUAGUAAACAAUAGGCAUAUGUAAAACCUACAAAAUUUCUGACUCCCCAUCCCCCCACCCCCAAAGGAACCUCACAUGGAAUUAUCUUAGUCACAAUCCAGAACAAGAAUGCAAAAUUUGCAUAUGGCAUGCAUUUUUACCUCGGCAACACGAGUUGGAUUCUUGCAACGUGCAAAUUUAUGAUUACAGUAAAAUUUUGGCUCGGUCGGAUGACGGAGAUCUUGAGUGCCUUCUUGUUUAACUCUGCUAAAUAUUGCAGAUCUUUUUUAGGUAUACAUUUUAAACCCAUUGAGCACCAGGUGCACUCUUCCCUUGACAAGUAAAAUUGUCUGGCAUCUGACAGAGUGAUAAAGUACGGCACAUUUGGGUGCAAUACUGCAAUGCGAGUGAGUGGGUUAACUCCUUCCUCCUGUAGUAGUAACCCUUGACCAACAAGUGAAGGCCCUUACUGGACCUAGAAAGUUUAGAAAUGAUACAGUCAGGUAAUGCAUAUUUGGGGAUACAUAUGCUGGGGGCAGUAAACCAAUCCUGGGACCAAUAAAUAAGACCGACUAAAGAGUCGUGAAUUGCCAUACACUCCACAAAAAUAUGCGGGACCUAUACAGUUCCUUACCUGCAAAUGAAAUGUGACGAGGCUUGAUCUGAAUGCUGAUAACCUGCAGCCAAUCAGGAACUUGGAAAUCUAAAGCCUUGGUAUUACUUUUCAUAGACUAUUUUUCAUGUCUUUUCGAAAACAAUAAUGGCGUAAUGAAAUUCAGUUUCAAACGACGUCAAGAUGACAUGAUCAAAAAAUUUUUCAUUUUCCAAAGAUGGCAACACAAACAUCAGAAAUGACAUAUUUGGCGGGGUGAACCCAGAAGAUGAAUGCCAUGCUCCACUGUACAAUAAACAAGACGAAGACACCACAACUGGGACAUUGCCUUUAUAUGAGGUAGGGAAAGUAGCAAGGGCAGCAUUGGCUCUCCUAAAUUUUUUGAACGGCUGUAAAAAUGCUUGAAAAGCUAUAAGUAUUACUAAUACUGACACAACAAUCAAUAAAAAAACAACUUUAAUGGAUGAUUAAUAGAUGAAAUUUUGAUCCAGAUAAGAAGAACAAAAUCCAUUACCACAGCUGGAAAGAGCAUCUUAAAAUGAGUAAAAUUGCAAAGUUUGGUUGCGAAUUGUUGUAAAAUGAGGAAAAUAUAGCCCUGUGAAGUUCGAAAAUUUUGUAUAUAUUUGCAUUACGCGCGGGAAAAAUAACCAUUUUUGAGCCGAAAGUGGUUAUUUCUACCGCGCGUAAUACAAAUAUAUACAAAAUUUGCGAACUUCACAGGGCUAUAUUUUCUUCAUUUUACAACAUUUAGCAACCAAUCUUUGCAGUUUUACUCAUUCUAAGACGGUCUUUCUAAUUCUAGCUGUGGUGUUAAAUUAAAUGACAGAACUUUUUAAAAUGCAAUGACUUCAUGAUCGUCCACAGGCUGACAUGCUCAAACGUCCCAAGGUCUCUAUUCUAUUGUCUCAAUUGGCAAGUUACGAAGCAGUACAAGCAGCACCGACACAAGUGGACCAAGAAGGCAAAACUGCCUUAAAAAGAAAACAGGCAAGAUACAUAUUUUUUACUUUCUUCCAUUUUAUCAUCAUUCGUUGAUUGUAGAUCUUUUUCCAAAAACUUCCGUUUUCGUGCGUCCGCUAAUCUCGCGUUGUGCUUUUUCACCGGAAAAUAUCAUUUUUCCCGGAAAAUAUCAUUUUUACCCAAAUGAUUCUUGAAUAAAAAAAUUUUUGUUUCAGGGUGCAAAAAUGGGCACUUUGAUGGGUGUUUACUUUCCGACCAUUCAAAAUAUAUUUGGAGUGAUCUUGUUUAUUCGUCUAUCUUGGAUUGUGGGUAUAGCUGGU